GUCCAAACGUUACGCGUGCAGCUCAAAACACGUAUUACGGUCGCCGCAGAUGGUGUCUUCGUCAACUCCGCCAUUGCGGCGCUGGUUGGCGUCGCGUGUGCUGUUUGUGGUGUCGUUCCUGGACAUGCUGGGCGUGUCGAUGAUCAUCCCGUCGCUACCGCAGUACGUCAAGUCGAUGGACGGCGGUGCGAUGGUGUUCGGGCUGCUCAUGUCAAUUUACGGCUUCAUCCAGUUCUUCGCGGCACCCAUCGUGGGCAGUCUGAGCGACCACUACGGCCGCAAACGCGUGCUGCUCGCGUGUUUCAUCGGCACUUCAACUGGCUAUCUACUACUAGGUCUGUCCUGGAAUAUCUACAUCGUGCUGCUCUCUCGAAUUCCUGCCGCGCUCUUCAAACACACACUGGACAUCAUCAAGGUGGCCAUCACAGACGGAGAGGAGGCCGACAAACGCUCCGCGUCUAUCGGUCGUCUCAAUGCAGCAGCUAACGCCGGCUUCAUUAUCGGUCCUGCUAUCGGCGGCUACGUGAGCUCCGUGCCCAAUGGCUUCAACUAUACGACACUGCUAACUACGGCGCUGUUCGGUGUCAAUUACUGCCUCGUGUCGUUCUUCUAUCUCGACCCGAGGGGUCAGGGAUUCAUACCAACGACUGCAGUGGAGGCUGAACACAAGGACGAGAAGGAGAGCCAUCACCAUCACGUGGACUGGAGACAUUUGCUGCACAACGCGUGGACGAAGCUUCUCGGCUUCCGCGACAUCGUGAACGAGUCUAAACCGGCACAGACAUUACUGGUGGCGAGACUGCUGCUGUCCAUGGCGGCUAUUCUGUACCGUACUCACUUUUCUGUGCUGCUGGAGGACAAAUUCGGUAUGGACUCGAAGGAUCGAGGGUUUAUGCUGAGCUACAUGGGGCUGCUGGGCUUUUUCGGAAGCUUCUCGGUGGGUUUUGUUACCAAGUUCGUGAAGUCCGAGAGGCUGGUGCUGCAGCUGUCUGCUAUUAUCUACGUGAUGACGUUCUUUGCGCUCUCGAGUGCCACGACGAUCAGCGCAGUGUACAUUACGCUGGUGCCGCAAGUCAUUUCCAUCAGGUAAAGUGGAGUGUAGUAGGCCUUACGGUGGGUGGCUCUAACUUGUGUGUUGUAUCUGCAGCAUCAUUCGUGCUAGUUCAGUGGCGUUACAGACCACAUUUGUUUCGCAGGAGCAUGUGGGCGCCUUCAUGGGCAUCUCCUCCUCCUUAACGGUGGGUCUGCAUCAUUAUGCUAAAAAGCUACUCAGGUUGUUCACAGUUUUGCUCUGAUCUGUGUUUUAUUAGUCCAUUUCCAGAACUGUCGGACCAAUUUUGUCUGGGUGGACGUACAUUGCUUCAAUCGAUGGACCAGCGUACGGUGCCGCGUGUCUUGCUGCAGUGAGCGCUGGACUAUUCUGUUUCUCUCCACACUUCGCAAAAGUGGGCGAUUCAUACGCGGUUGACGUCGAGAGAAAGAGUAACAGGAGGUCGAAGAAGAAAGCUGUCGACUAGACAGCGACUACCGACCGGGUCGGUACUGCGGGAGUUUUCGUCUGGAAGCUCUGGCUCCACUCGCCUUUGCCCGCAGCAUUCCACGAUCGGAGCAUAAAUUCAUAGACUGUGUUGAACUGUAGACCUUCUAUCAGUGCACUCUGCUGACGAGACUUGCGGUUGUGCACCACGCUCUCCAAACACCACGUGACGGUGCUGUUACCCACCGACUUUUUGUCCUCCUGACCAGUACUCGUCUCGCUUUCAUUCUCACUUGCCAGCCGCCGAUAUCGCAGUUCGUACUUGUCGAUGAUAGCGCCGUUGGACAGCGGAGUCUGCCAUGAAGCUCGCAGCAGACACUUGUACACAGUUUGCUGCAUGUCGGAUGUUGUUGUGAUGACCACUUCGGACGCAUAGCUACUUGAAAAAGAGACAUCGUUUGUUGGUGGCGAUGGUAGCGAUGGAGGUUCCUCCAGUAGUCUAAUGCAUGCUGCACUGUCAGCUACAAUAGCUUUAGAGUCUCGACUUCUGUCUGAAAUAGCUGCGUGUGCACAACACUCGCCGACGAUCUGUAUUGGGGUCUGCUUCAAGUAGCAAGCGGUCGAUCGAUCCGCUCCGUUGAGAAGCAACCAUUGCACAACUUCUGGGCGUGAAUAUGCGCUUGCCACGAACAAAGGAGUCGCGUUUUGCAACAUCCACCAGUACAUCCCUUCCCACUGAAGCGUCCAAGCUGGCAUGGCAGUCGUGAACGGAGCUGAAAUCGCCUCGAUGUGAGUCAAAAUCACACGCUUCACAUCUACGAAUAUAAAGCAGGAGGUGAAUAACCAGAACUUAACGUUAAUUAAUGACGCGACUUACUGGGUAAGUCUCCGGUUAU